GAGAGAGUUAGAUUAGUGAAUAGGAAAAAAUGCCCAACUAUAUUCUUAAAGGAAACGGAAGAAAGUCCUUUUACUGCCAUUUGUCAUAAAAAAAGUACUCACAAAAAAUUCUUGUUACAACGAUUAUUUUAAUUAAAUAGAAAAUUAAUUUUUAAGUGAAAAAAGUGUCUGUAUAUUCCAGUGUAGAUACUUAAGAAAAUUGUGUGGUUAAAGUGGCAGACUUUUCCCUUGCAUAUCAAUAAAAUUUUUUCGGUGGUGGAGUUAAUUGAAAAAUUGCUACGUGAAUGAAGAUUUUUACCAUUUUGUGGUAUUUUCUUAAAAUGUUUUAUCAACUUUUAUGUUGUUCCUUUAGUUUCCUAACGUUUUUGUUCAAUGUAUUUUGGUUUAUGUGUAACCUGGCCUCAGCCGGUAUACCCUGGUUCACAGUGCUCCUUGUAGUCAUCUGUGUAGCCUCGAAAUUUGUCAAACUAAAGAGUCCCGAUGAAAAACAGCUGCUCAGACUAUUGGCGGCCGGCAGCCAAGGUCUCUAUCCAGAGGAUUUAUCAUUUUGGCCCAUAGCUCAUAGGGGUGCGGGCUAUGAUGCUCCUGAAAAUUCUAAGGCAGCCUUAAAAAAGUGCAUUACACGUGGCUACCGCAACGUAUUAGUUGAUGCCGGUCUCACAUCAUGUGGCAAAAUUGUCAUUGUGAAUCGUUUAACUUUGGAAAAAGCUGGGCUAUCCGGUAGCAUUGCUCUGCAUACUCUAGAAUCUUUGAAGAAAAUCAAUAUUGCCGAAUUACAUCCAAUGGGCAAACACUUUGAUGCCGAAUAUGUACUAACUUUAAAAGAACUUUUGGAUUUCCUAGAAGAUCAACGACUCACCGUUUUCCUAUACAUAUCCGAUAAUAGCUCACAAAUGAUGGAGUGUCUAAAGACGACUAUUAAAGAAAAUCCUUUAUUUAUACAACGUAUCAUUUUAAUAAGCAGAUCUCCAAUAACGGUUUAUCAGCUUCGUAAACUAUAUCCCGAACUGAUAUGUGGCCUAUGGACUGAAAAAUCUUUGGCUUUACCUUUACUUAAAGCUUCAACAUUGAUUACCUCAAUAUAUGGUGCACUCUUUCGUAAUAUUAUCUCACCCGUUAUAGGCAUUAGUGUGGUAUUUGUCUCCAAAGAAGAAUUUAAUUUACACAUUGCUGAACUAUGGCGUAAUGUAGGCGUACGACCGAUUGUUUACAAUGUUAAUUCACCGAACGAAAAACGUUACUUCCAAAAAACUAUGAAGACACAAUAUCUAACCGAUUCUUUAAGAUCCGAACCUCAUUUAUUAAUGAAAGCUUAAAAGGCUAUACAAAAAACAAAAAAAAAGAAGAAAAUAUUAUAAUCUACUAAAUAUAAAACAUUUUAAAAAUUAAGACUCCUAAAGGCUUAAAUAACUCUAAAGGCAAGAAAGAAAUACAACUUAAAACCAUUUAAGCAUUUAAGCCCAAGUUUAGUUUUAUACAAACAAACUAAAAUCAACAAACAACUUUUAAUGUUUAUCACACAAAUUGAUAUUAUUUAUCUCAUCUUUUUUUAAUAUUAUUCGAAUAUACGAAAUGUCCUUUUGAUUUUUUAAUAUAUAUAUCGUUUUUUUUUCAUCUUUAUAGUAUUACAUACCAAACAAAGAGCUUAACUUAAGCCUACAGUUUUUGAUUAUUAUUAUUAUUUUAUUUAUUAUGUUUUAUUUUAUUUAUAUAAUGGAUGCUAUUUUAUAUAUUUGUUUAUUGCCAUUUUAUUAUUAUUAUUAUUACUUUUAAUUUAUAUAUUUUUUUUAUUUGUUACAUUUAUUUGUUGUGAUUUAUUUUUAUUAUUCUUUCUUUGUAACGUAAAUGUUUUAAACAUCACGCUCAAAAAUUGUUUGUCGUCUGUCUUGCACAAAUUAUGAUUUAAUCUACAUAUUUCUUGUUUUGUUUAUCUCUUUGUAUUAUUAUUUUUUUUUUGAUACAUUUUUUGUAAAUUUGCAUAAACCUAUUUUAUAUAAGUGUAGUGUUUAAGUGUGACUUUUUUUAAUUUCAUCCUUUUUUUACAAUAUCCACACAACAACAAACCAUAAUGGUGACUAUAGAAAUUAUAAUUUUUUUUCUACAAAUUAAUGUAAGAAACUUUUAAAUGAAAAAUACUGUAUCUUUAAAAAUACCAAAAAAAUAAAUACGAAUAAAAUAUAGAAAAAAAAA